AUGGCCGAUGAUGACUCGGACGCGAAUUAUGUGGACGAUCGCCCUCCAGCAAUAGCCAGGACGUCUCCCACCACCGACGACAACUUCAAUAAACGCCCAGACACAUAUUUGACGCGGCCGAAUCGCUAUUUCGGCCCAGAAUCUACAUGGCUUACAUGGACUGAGCAGGAUCGGCUCGCCGCGCACUCGCUCGACCAGGCUCGCUCUGAAAAUCUGGGCCUUCACCUAUUCAACGCGCAUGCACUCAAGCGGAAAGCUGACGCCCAAUUGCCAAUCGGCAGAAAGUCCGAGAAGGGGAAGAGAAGAGCCUCAUCGGCGACUAGCGACAGCGAGCAUGUACCGCAGGGCCUCCGAGUGCCUCGUUACUGGACGGCUUGGCCACUCAGGCCUGAUGAUGUGCCGCGAGAAUCUGAGGAGACCUUUGCGAAAGGCGAUAGCAGCUUCCCUGCAGCUCGUGACCCACAGCCGAGUGAAGACCUACAGGAUUGUCUCAUUGCGAUCACUACUCGGCUGGCACGCGAGCGAUGGAGGAGUCGCGAGUGGGAGGCGGAGUUGCCCAAGAACACAGCUGUCAAGAUCGAGCAGGGCAUCUCCAGCGGAAAGCCUGCUGGACUAAAGCCAGAAUCCGACAUGUCUGAUGCAGCGGAAACGUUGAGCUCUGGCCCAGAGUCCGACUCCGAUGAUGGACAUCCAGGCAUCCGUUCUCAGGUUUAUCUUGCAGAAGAGGAUGUAAUCGAACAUGAACCCGAGGGCUCGGACCCCAAGACAGAUGAUUUCCCUCUAGAGAAGGAAGAGGACCAAGUUCCAUCACCAAUCGUCGAUGAUGACAAGGCUAGACGAGUGCUACUUCCGAGCACGAGACAUAAUUUGAGCAAGCUUGAUGACCUUUUGGUGGGGUUGCAUAAGGCAAGACGCGCAUAUGCAUCGAAGAGAACACGAGCUCGCAGAUCUAGCACUACUAGCGAUGCGGACGAACACCAGCCGUCAACACCAACCACAACACGGCGCUCAAGAUCGCGGCGAAGGAUGCGGUCGGCCUCUCGGGCCUCCGAGACCUCAAUAGAUAGCAUGAAUACUGGCAUCUCUGCUACAUCGAAGCAGAAGCUCCAGCUGAGAGACUGGAGCGAUGUUUUAGGUAUGGCUGCGCUGACUGGAUGGGAUCUGCAAGUGGUGCAACGUGCGAGCGAGAGGUGUGCGAGGCUGUUUGAGGAGAAUAUGCUCUUUCGCACGUUCCAUGAAGGCAGUCGUGCUACGAAUGAAAAGUCGAAUUUUACCGAACAUCACGCUAUCAAUGCCGAGGGAGAUUCAGACGACGAGGAAGAAGAAGAGGCGACAACACAACCACUGCUACGGAUUUCAGGAGCUUGUGAUGCUUGUUCAAGGCGCAGGGAAAGCUGCGAUCCUGCCGAUCCUAGGCCCGGAUCAGGCCUUUGCAGGCGAUGUGUUGAUCAUGGACUUGUCUGCUCGGGCAUAGUCACUGAAUUGGUGCCUCGAGGAACGGCCUGUCCAUUUCGCUUCUGCGAGCGACAUCGAAAACCUUUCAAGAAGGCUUACCAUCUUCAACGCCACCUGGAAUCGGCCCAUGGGGGGGACCUUCCGGCGGCAUCUUCUUCCCCUGCCAGAUCCCCAGCAAGUGAUGGUUGUCUUGUCUCUGCUGAUCAGUACACAUGUCCGGUAGUGAGCUGCCCGCGCCAUGGAAAACCUUUUAACGAGGGCGCGAAACUAUACCGGCACAUCAGGAACAUGCAUCCGGAAGUAGAUGUCGAAGAGGUCAAGCGACUGGAAACGCAGCGCAGAGGGGAGAGGCGAGGUCGCUGGCGCGACGAGCGUCGCCGCCGCAUCGGUGUGAGAAGUAGGUCGAAAAGCCUAGGAGCACCCUCGAGCCCUUCUAAAGCCGUCGAUACUGGCGGCGAGGAAUUGAAGGAUGACUAA